AUGCCGCAAGUGCCCUCCUAUCUAGGUGACUUUGUCGAUGUCGUCGACCGGUGGGCGGUGUCUGCGCGCGACAUCUUGGGCCAGACAUCGCUGCGUACCGUUGCCGGCAUCUUCGGCCUUGUAUCGUCUGCCGCCUCAAAUGCUGGCUCUACGAGCUCACUUGGAUGCGCUGGAUACGCUGUGAAACAUGUGGAAAGCACGGCGACGUCGCUGACCGCGACUUUACAGCUUGCUAAGCCGUGCAACGUCUACGGCCCAGAUAUUACCGACCUCAAGUUAUUGGUCGAGUAUCAAACUGACAGUCGCCUACAUGUCAAAAUCUACGAUUCCGCAGAGGACGUGUAUCAAAUCCCACGGGACGUGCUAGCCUUUCCAGAAGGCAGCAAUGACACCAGCAGUAGCUUCUCAUUGCUGACUUUCUCGUACACCGAAAACCCAUUUUCAUUUGCUGUGCAGCGCAGCGAUACUCAUGAGACGCUCUUCAACACAUCUGGCGAGGCAUUGAUUUUUGAGGCUCAGUUUGUUCAUCUUCGCACCUCAAUGCCGACUGACCCGAACAUCUACGGCCUGGGAGAGGAUGUCGAUUCAUUCCGCCGACAGACUGAUAACUAUAAACGAACCAUAUACAAUGUCGGGGACGCGUUUCUGCCUAAACAAGCAAAUCUCUACAGCAGUCACCCCAUAUACAUAGAAAUGCGGGAUGGCCAAGCUCACGGCGUGUUCCUUGCUAGUAGCAAUGGUAUGGACAUCUUCAUCGACAAGACGGAAACGGGUCAGCAGUACCUGGAAUACAACGUCAUUGGCGGCGUUCUCGAUUUUUACUUUCUGGCCGGGCCGAGCCCAGCUGAUGUGGGGAGGCAGUAUGCCGAGGUGGUUGGUACACCUGCUGAGCAAGCAUACUGGACGUAUGGCUUUCAUCAGUGCAAAUAUGGAUAUAUCGACGUCAUGAUGGUCGCAGAGGUUGUGACAAACUAUUCCGAAGCCAAUAUUCCCGUAGAGACGGUUUGGUCUGAUAUUGAUUAUAUGAAUCUUCGUCGCACGUGGACUCUUGACCCCGAAAGAUUCCCUCUGCACAAGGUCCGUGAACUGGUCAAUUAUCUUCAUGAGCACGACCAGCAUUAUGUGGUAAUGGUAGACCCGCCGAUCUCCGUCGAUGAUCCAGCCUCGUACGACAAACUCAUUGAGAGCGAAGCGUAUUUCCGAAACAAUGAUGGCUCCGUAUUCCUGGCGGGGAUGUGGUCGGGUGCUACUGCAUUUGUCGAUUGGUUCCAUCCGAAUGCUCAGGAGUACUGGAGUGGUCAGCUAUUGUCCUUCUUUGACGAACAGACCGGCGUAGAUGUUGACGCCAUGUGGAUUGACAUGAAUGAGCCUGCCAACUUUUGCCCGCAUCCUUGCGAGGACGCUAUAGCGUGGGCAAAAUCAGCUGGUGUUCCGCCUGCACCACCUCCGCUGCGAGACUCAUGGCGUCCGCUACCGGACUUUCCAAAUGAUUUCCAACCUUCAGGUAGACAAGAAUUGAGAAAGCGAGAGACAGAUAGUGGCAAGCGUCUAGGUCUUCCAGAUAGAGAUCUGCUACACCCUCCAUAUUCUCUAGGGACAGUCGACGGGGUCAUCUACCGUAACACAAUCUUCACUGACAGAUAUCAGUAUGGGGGCUAUGCGUUUUAUGACACCAAGAAUUUGUUUGCGUCUAGUAUGAUGGAGGCAACGCGAAAUGCUAUGCUGGAACGUCGUCCUAACAAGCGGCCAAUGAUCAUUUCGCGGUCUACGUUUGCUGGAGAUGGGAAAAGAUCUGGUCAUUGGACUGGUGACAAUAUCUCGUCAUGGGACCACUACCGAAUCUCGAUUCGUCAGAACAUGGAAUUUGCCGCGAUCUUCCAGAUGCCUACUAUCGGCGCCGAUGUCUGCGGCUUCAACUACGAGACAUGGGAGACGCUCUGUCUCCGCUGGGUCGUCCUAGGUGCUUGGUAUCCAUUCUACCGCAACCAUGCCGACAUCGCCGCGCCAUUCCAGGAAUUCUACCUGUGGCCGGCAGUCGCUGACGCGGCGCGAGCGGCGAUCAAGACUCGCUACCAGCUGCUUGACUAUUUCUACACAGAAUUCCACUACCAGACUGUCGAUGGGACACCGACAACGAUCCUGCCUCUUUUCUUCCUGUAUCCGUCCGACCCAAACACAUUGGACAUUGAGCUCCAGUUCUUCUACGGAUCAGCUCUACUCGUCUCACCAGUGACAGACGACGAGUCGACCUCGGUCACAUUCUACCUCCCCGCAGAUACAUGGUACGACUUCUUCACCGGCGAGAAACAUACAGUAACACAGGGCGAAUGGGUAACUCGCACGGGGGUCGACUACCAUGAAAUCCUCGUGCACAUCCGCGGCGGAUCAAUCGUACCAAUGCGCAUCGACGGAGCAAACACAACAACACAACUGCGCAGGCUCGAUUUCGAGUUGAUCGUAGCCCCUGGGACAAACGGGGAUGCUCGCGGCCGCUUGUAUCUCGACGACGGGGAGAGUCUCCACCAGGAUGUCGACGAGACGAGCGAGAUUUCGUUCGAGUAUGACUCGCAUACAAAGAAACUGCAUGUGCGAGGUCGGUUUGGGUACCAGACUAAUGUGAGAAUUGUCCGGGUGAGGGUUUUGGGCGAGAGCGCUGCGAUAGCAGCCGUUGGUGACCAAGGACAUUCUCAAAAGCCCAUCGGGCCAAAACGGGGGCGGACGAUCGACAUUGAUCAGCCAUUGACGGAGGGAUUUAGUGUCCAUCUUGGCUAG